GACCCGAUUAAAAGGUGCCGCAUAUCAAGAGUGGCAUUGUGAGAAAGUACAGAAGUUCAGCUUUAUGGUGAUAUAUAUAUUGUUGAGGCUCAAAAUAAAAAGUUUUGCACAAUUUGCAAAAGAAAACAGAGGAAGAAAAUUCAGUAGUGAGGCACAUUUUCAGGCUAGCAAUUCACUUAUUUAUCAAACUAUUGUAUACAAAAUAAAUGACCAUUGUGAAAGAAUGACAUUUACUCUAUCUGAUGGUGCAAUAAUAUUUCAUUUAACUAGAGGUUAAAACAGGUAAAUUAUUAGAGAAAGAAAAUCUCACAAAUCACGAGAUUUUGCAAGGAGGAGGAUUCAGCCACGAGAUGAUUUGGAUGAAUCUGGCCUUUUUGCUCAUUAGCAUAGGGACCUGCGGUCUGACUGUUCAGUGUAGAGCGUUGUGGCCCAGUGGAUAAGUCUUCUGACUUUGAAACAGAGGGUUGUGGGUUCGAAUCCCAGCCAUGGCGUAAUUUCCUUCAGCAGGAAAUUUAUCCACAUUGUGCUGCACUCGACCCAGGUGAGGUAAAUGGGUACCCGGUAGGAUUAAUUCCUUGAAUGCAUGAGCGCUGAAAGGCAGCUCAAGCUAAAGCCGGGGUAAUAAUAAUAUUGCACCUCGGAAUAGAAUAUUUCUAGAUAGAUGGCGCUAUAUAAAUGCCUAUUAUUAUUAUUUACUGAAAUGUUUUCUGUAAGACCUGUAGGGGAUGCGGAACUUAACUGGUAUAUUAGUAGAUCAAUUUCAGGCAUCCUUUUGUGUUUUGUUAUGUUUGCAGGGGAACUGGUUCGAGGAGAUCGCCUUUUGAAAGGAAUGCCCAAUGUAGCUCUUGCUGUCUUCAUUAUCUCUGAGAAGUUGAAGCCUAACUCCUUCUGGAAGCCAUACCUGGAUAUUUUGCCUUCAUCAUACAACCUCCCUCUGUAUUUCACACCUGAUGACAUAAAGCUAUUUCAGGGGACUACGGUGUAUGGUGAAUUCUUGAAGCAGUAUAAAAACAUUGCAAGGCAGUAUGGGUACUUGUUUAAAAUAUUCAAUUUACCUGAUAAUAGUAAAUUGCAGCUUCGAGAGCACUUCACAUAUGACUUCUAUAGAUGGGCAGUUUCCACAGUGAUGACCCGACAGAAUCAGAUACCAGCCAAGGAUGGCAAGGGACUGUCUUUGAGUCUUAUUCCAUUGUGGGAUAUGUGUAACCAUGCUAAUGGCGAGAUGAAGACAGAUUUUAUUGAAGAAACAGAUUCCUGUAUCAACAUGGCUCUCAGGGACUUUAACGUUGGGGAGCAGAUCUUCAUCUGCUACGGCCGUCGUUCCAGCUCUGACCUGCUGCUCUACAGCGGAUUCAUUUACCAGGACAACAUCUUUGAUGGCAUGGCCAUACAGCUAGGACUAAGCACCAGCGAUAGACUGUAUGCCAUGAAAUCACAGCUUUGUGCUGUAAUGAAGCUUACGGUACCUUCCCAGAACUACCAUAUUUCUUCGGGAAAGGUACCAGUAUCUCUGGAGCUGUUGACGUUCUUGAGGAUAUUCUGCAUGAAUGAUUUGGAAUUGAGAGACCGUCUACUGGGAGAGAACAGGACUAAUGCUCUAUACAACCUUGUAGAUAGGAAUAAGAUUGUCAGUAAGCUGAAUGAAUUACGUACAUGUGUUUACCUAGCCACAAGGAUUACACUACUCCAGCGUCAGUACAAGACAUCCAUUCAGGAAGACGAGGAGAAGUUGAAGGACGAGAAGCUCAGUGCUCGAGAGCGUACUGCCAUAGAGCUCCUCCUGAUUGAGAAGCGCACCCUUGAGAAUGCUCUGGAACACUGCGCCUUCUGGAGAGAGAAAAUCGAGGCUUUGCCUGAGGAUGCAAGCUCCUUUCCAGCAGCACAGGAAGAUGAUGGAGAUGUGGUAGAUCGAUGGGAGGACAGAGAGGAGGAUGAAAGUAAGAAUAGUGAUGUGCAGACAGGGAUGAAGGAUGAACUUGCAGGUGUGAAUGGGGUUCCUGGAGACAAGGAUAUUGCACUUGGUGAUACCCAGAAGGUGGAAAAUGGAGCCAACCCAGAGACGGAACCAGUAAAUGGAGAUGCAAAGGUAAAUGGUGAUGGACAUGGUGAUUCCAUUAUAAACAGUAAGGCUGACAGUGCGCGGACAGAGACCAAUUCGCACAUCCCAACUUCAAACAAAGGACGAGUCAAGAACUCUGAUGCCAUCACAAAGACCACACCCAAUGGGAACAUUAAGAUGAAUGGAGGCAUAGACAGUAGGAGACAAGAGGCAUCCAAUGGCCAUGCCAAUGGUACAGAAGAAAUACUUCCAGUUGAAGGUAGCUUGAAAAAAGGAAAUGGUGCAAUAAAUGGUCACUCAUUAAUAGCUCCUACUAAUGGAUCUAAAGAGGAAUAGAGGUAAAGCACAGCUAUAUAGAAAAUAUUUGUAUAUCUGCUUUGAGCAAGUGUAUGAUUUUUUUUAAACAAAUGUGUAGAGAUAAGAUCAAGAAAAUUAUAAUGUAAGUACACACCAUGCGUUUAUCUGAGUUUUAUAUACAUCAGGGAAUGGGAAGACUAUCAUGAGAAAUGUUUAUGUAAAAGUUAUAGAUAAUUUUAUUUUUUGUGUUCACAAGCAUUUAGCUGUUCCAACAUUUUGUGAAUGUUGUGGAUAUACAUACCAUGCCUGCCAACCUCUCUAAGUCACAAGAUGAAGAUUUGUUUAAACGCAAGAGCUUUGUAUAAUUCAUUUCUAAUAUUUCUACUUAUAUUAAUGAAUAUAAUAGGAAUUUAUAGUGCCAUCUACUUUCUAGAAGUAUUAAAAUAGGGUAAGUGUUUGUUUGAAUCAGUGUCAUAAAGCUAAAGCCAGUAUUGUUUAUAAAGGAUGCUGAAGCUGCAAAAAGGCCACUCAACGAAGGCCACUUUGUUUUGAUGUGAUGAAAUUGGGCUAUGAGCUGCUACAAGUUUGUACUUUCUGCAAGUUCAGAGUCCAGAGAUAGCAAAACUAUUUUGGAAAAAUGCCUAUUUCUCAUUUCCUUCUUUAGAAUGCUCCUCUGUACAAUGAUUGGUUGGCAAGUACUGUAUGCUAUAGUCAAUGUAGAAAUUAACAUUCCAAUUUAAUUCAUGUUCCAUAAUGUCAUGCCCCCCAUUUUGUUUCCUUCUGCGAAAUACAUUUCACAUCAUUUGUUAUUAACAGUUCAAUUUAAUUUGUGUGCCAUAUUGCCAUUCCCCCAUUUUGUUUCCUUCUGCGAAAUACAUUUCACAUCAUUUGUUAUUAACAGUUCAAUUUAAUUUGUGUGCCAUAUUGCCAUUCCCCCAUUUUGUUUCCUUCUGCGAAAUUUAUACAUUUCACAUCAUUUGUUAUUUCUUCCAGAGGAGUGCUUGCUUUCUGAAAUUUACAUGUUAAGUUGAGUUUUAUCAGUUCGAGUCAUUUUGAAAUUUGGGCACCAGGGCAAUUUUAGAAGACAUUCCUCUUGAUAAUUUGACAGUUCAGCUUCAUGCAUAUCCAUUUCCAAGAAGUUUUCAAAUUUGUGUGAAAAAAAAUCGCUUCUACUUUGCUAUACCUUUUUUGGUAAAAUCAAGUAAAUUCCAUUUGAGACAUUCCUUUGCUGAUAUAACAAUAAGGCUUAGUUUAUUUCAAUUCUCAAUCAUUUGAAAAUGUUUGAUUCCAAAACAUUUCUACUUUCAUGUACCCUUCAGGUAAAAUGAAGUAAAAUUCCUUUUGACAAUCCACCUUGAUCAAUUGCCAUUGCCAACAAGUUUUUCAAAUUUUUUUGUUGAAAAAAAUGUACACACCAGUGUUGCUGGAGGACGAUUAUAUGGCCUUGGUCCUGUUCUUGGUUUUUAGCUCAUCCGGCCCAAAGGGCCAGAUGAGCUUGUGGCAUGGCGUCCGUCCACGAUAUCAAAAUGCUUCUUCUUCGUCAUUUCAAGUCCGAUUUCAAUUCUGUUAGCUUUUCGAUAGCACUAGGUGUGGGAUUCAAAACCUCUUCACCAAAUUUCUACACAGAAUUUUGAAAUUUUGACGAGAAAAUUUUUUAUGCUAAUAUAUGCAAAAUAAAUUUAUGCGUAUUCUAAAAAUUCAUAUAAAAUGCUUUUUCUCCUUCAUUUGUUGACCGAUUUUGAUUUUUUUUCUUCCAUCUGGUAGAGCUUCGUGAGGUCCACCAAACUUCUACCCAGAAUUUUGAAAAUGCUAAUUUAUGGGAAAUUCAUAAAUCACAGAAAAUGCCUCUUCUUUAUUUGUUGACGGAAUUUCAAAAUUCUUUUCAGGUAAAAAUCAAUUUGAAAUACAUCUGAGACAUUUCCUACGCCGAGUUGACAAUUUUUUUUAUCCCCCUUCCAAUGUUUUUUUUUUUGUAAGUUCUAAUGUUUAUAAUUUCUUCAAAACAUUUCCAUUAUCAUUUAUGUACAUUUGAUGUUUUUCAAGAGCUCAUGUUUUUUUUAUAUGUUGAAAUUAUUUCCUGUUUUAGUGUACAAGGCACACAUGCCAACCUAUGGAAAUGAAAAUCUGUAUAGUGUAACCCGAAAACCGUAUGUUGACCUGAAAUGACCUUUUACCUUGUGACCUGAAAUUACAUUUGUCUAUUUGCUUAUACUUGAAAACCAUUAAAUGAGUUUUAUAAAUAAAGGACUUCUACUUUCAAAAUUCACAAUGUGUAACUUUGGCUAUCAUUUUAAGUUGAUACCAGUUUAUCGACCCUAAUGACCUCUGACCUUGGUCUAGUAACCUGAAAUUAAGCUCUGUGGUGGAUGAAGAAAAGCCAUAAUGCUGUAAUUUUGUUGAAAAAGCUGUAAUAAUUGCAGUAACAAUGUAAUGGUUUGCCAUGUGAAGAGAAUUAUAAGUUUCACAAAAGGUGUGUGUUCUAUUUACCCCUAAGUAAUAAACUACCAUGUAUAAUACUUGUUUUGGGUGAGCCCAUGGCCAGCUCUUAGAUGGUCAAGAAAAUCUUUGUUUUAUUAGUAUGCAUACAAUUUGAAUAUUUUUAUAAACUGCUCUAUUACAGGAAAAGACAUAACUUCUCAUUGUGAAAUAUUUUUAACGGGUGUCUCUUGCAUAUUGACCUAAUCUACUUUACAUAUCAACAAUGAAGGCAUGAUCUUAUUCUCCAAGAUCAUACUUUUCAAACAAAGGUUGAUCUUGACAAUCUGAUUCUGAAAGCAUAGGGCAAUACUGACAAAGUUUUACAAACCAAUUCGACAUAUGUCAAAUGUAGUUAAUACAUGUAGUUGCAUUUCAUUGUUUGAUUUUCAUAUUCAAUAUUUAGUGCUUGCCCUCAAUUUUGCCAAAUAAAAGAUAUAUUUCUGCCCUUAACUCUCAGAUACAUAAUAACAAUACAGGUUAACAAAAUCAUAUCCAUCAUCCUUGAAUAAGAACUGUUUUCUUGAAUUAUUUUAUAACCACUUGUAUCAAGGAAUGGAACCAGUAACCUGCUAGUAUUACUAUUAGGAACUGUACAACUCUAUUGGUGUAAAGUGCAAUGUAAAAUUACCUCUUUGGAAAAGGGGAGUGUUGCACAUCAGUCAAGCCGCCUCCAACGUCAGCCUCAGUCCACUUUUGAUGUAUGUGUAUCACCAACUAUAGGCAACUUGUCUGAAGUCUCUUGUCUCUCAGCAGAAAUCCCAAUACGAGGAUACUAUGUGUAUUUUCAUUGCAGCUUUCUUGCAGUCCCCAUCGUUCUGUCUAAGUCGACUGUGAUGAUUUAUAAUGAAAAUCUGCUUGUAGAAAUACAAGAGAAGACUCUCUUUGUUUUGGCAAGGUCCCUUGGUAGACAGGUUUAAAAACAAUGGAAGACAAAAGAGCAUGCUCAAUGCCUAUUACAUAACAUAUGUAGGAUGUACAAAUGUAUGAGACACCUGUUCUACAUGUUUUACAUAAUAGCAAAGAAGGGAUGUUAUUUUGUUUAUCAGAGCCAUUGUGCAGAGUACUGGUACACCGAGGAGUUUGUUUUUAUUUGCUUCUUCAUCCUUUUCACCAUUUUUAUAGUGAAAUACCACUGAUCAAAUUGGCAACUUUAAUUUUUUUUAAGAACAAUGUUUAUGCAUACCAUCUGAAUGUAUCCAUAUUAGUCUGUUUAGCGAGUGAUUUAAAUUCAAUGGAUGUUUCUUUCCUGGGUUCAACUAUAAUAUGUAUAGUAAGCUUUUGGGUGUUAAGAACCUGUGUUAAAAAUUAAAAUUGAUUAUAAAAUUUUAAUAUAUUUACCACAGGUCUGAUCUAUCAAACCCAUGAAGGUUAUUUUCAGGUCUCAAAAUUCUAUGUCUAGAUAGAAGGCUAGAUUAUUAAACCUUUUGUAACAAUGUAGGAAUUUCAAAUAACUUGUCUUUCUUUUCAGCCUUGGCUGUAAUGGGGUAUCACCGCUUGUGAUCUGAAAACAAAGCAAAAUGUAUAGCAUUUAUGAUACUGAAUAAAGCAUCAUUGACACAA